AUGGCUUCGUCCAAGGAUAAAUGGUCCGCAGAUCAAUACGUCAAGUUCCUCAAAGACCGCACCCGUCCUUCAACAGAUCUUCUCGCCCACGUUCCCAACACCUCUCCCAAGCGCGUCGUGGACGUUGGCUGCGGUCCCGGCAACUCAACUGCCGUGCUAGCCGAGCGCUAUCCCAACGCUCACGUCUCGGGCUUUGAUUCCUCAGCUGACAUGAUCAAGAAGGCGAAACAGACUCUUCCCAAUGUUUCGUUCGAAGUCGCUGAUCUUUUGACCUACAAGCCUGAGGAACCUGUUGACGUUCUCUUCUCCAAUGCUGUUUUUCAAUGGUUGCCUAAUGGGCAACGCAUUGAGAUUGUGAGGAAGCUUCUUGAGCAUGUUGCACCUGGUGGAAGUCUUGCUUUCCAGGUCCCAUUUAAUCUUCAUGAGCCGAGUCACGCUUUGAUGAGAGAAACGGCGGAUACACCCAAUAUGCCUUGGACGGAGAAACUCAAAGCUGCCAAUUACUCCCGAGACCAGUUUCCUUCGGCAACUGAGAUUUGGGAUGGAUUGAAGCAUUUGUGCUCUGAUCUUGAUAUCUGGCAGACGACUUACAUGCAUGUUAUGGAAAAUCAUGAGGGCAUUGUUGAGUGGGUCAAGGGUACUGGUCUCCGACCAUACCUAGAUCCAUUGUCGGAGUCUGAGCAGGAGGCUUUCGUCGAGGCUUAUUUGAGUAAGCUUAAGAAGGGUUAUGCCGCGCAGAAAGAUGGGAAAGUUCUUUUCCCGUUUCCUCGGUUGUUUGUUGUUGCGACAAAGGCGUAA